UCAUCCGAAUCCACCACCACCACUUUCACCUGUUAUCCGCUCCUCGCCCUCAGAACUAGAACGUCCUCAGCCUCGACAACAACUUUAUCUCUCACCACCGUCGUCCUCCCUUCACUUCCAGGCCAAGUAGCCCAAUAUUAGCCAUCAACGCGCGGUCCACCCCCAUCCAGCCCAUCCUUCUCUACUCUAAAACCUUCGGAAAAGUCUGACCUGGAACGGUUGUUUGGUGAUCAAAAGCUCCAAACUCUGCUUUGUUUCACGCGUCAAUUUAAUUUCUGCAGGAAUCACACAUUUUCUGAAACGGGGGAGAGGAAUGUGGAGAAAGGAAAUUGACGAAAGUAGUGGAUAAGUAAGUAAGGAGAGAAAGUCGUCUUUGUGGUGCAUAGAGUGCGAGAGACACAACGAGUAAACUCAUACUUGGUCCAGAGGGAAAUUAGAAGCACACCGGUGAAAAUACUAUUCUCUAUGCGUUAUAAAACUUGUAAAUUGUUUUUCGAAUGAUCUGAAAGUGAAGGAAGAACGAUCAUUAUUCAAAUCAAGUCCCUUGUACUGGCAGUGCUGCAUCUAGUGUUAAACAAUAACAAAAUAGACUAUAAAACAGAAAUGACAAGUACUUCAAAAUAGCAUGAAAUUACUACAAGAAGUAUCUCACCAAAUAAGAACAAAGAUCGUUCAUCCGUUGAGUAACUGCUUAAACCUGAGUCUGCGAAAGAAACAGAAAGAAAUAUCAAAGGUAGUUCAACAGGAAUGUCAAGUUCUGCAGCCAAAAUAUACAACAAAAGCAGGAGCAUCAUCGCCAACAUCAACAGAUUUCUUCUACUGCAGCCCAACCCAUUCUCUCUGUGGUAGUCGAAGAAAUUCUAAAUCUAACACACAUUUUGCUGUACAACAACCAAUAACUUUUAAUAACUGCCAAAGGAAUUCAUCUACGACACCAACACCAACUGCAUCACCUCUCCCUUUGUUGUCCACCCUGGCUUCUCUCAACGUCAACAAAUCUACCACGACUACUGCCAGCAACACUGCCCCAAGUUCGAGUGGAACGUCCGCACCAAGUGGUUCGAGAACAAUGGCAUCAACUCCUGUCGGAAAUGACGAAGCCCUCUUAGCAAGUGCCCGGGCAUUUAUUCCAUCCUUAACUAACGCCAUGCACAAGGGCCAGGCAGGCCGAAUUAUGGUCAUUGGGGGCAAUGAAGAGUAUACGGGCGCCCCUUAUUUCUCUGGAAUUUCCGCAUUAAAAGUAGGAGCGGAUUUAGCUCAUAUUGUUUGUGUCAAAAAUGCUUCACCUGUGAUCAAGUCAUACAGUCCCGAACUUAUAGUUCAUCCCAUUCUGGAUAGUGAUAACGCCGUAGAGCAGAUAAUGAAUUGGGUUCCACGAAUGCACUGCAUCGUAAUUGGUCCCGGGAUGGGUCGAGAUCCCAAAAUUCUCAAUGUCGUAGCUCAAGUAAUUGAAAAGCUGAAGGAGCUGGAUAAACCCAUGAUCAUUGAUGCUGAUGGACUUUUCCUCGUGACAAGCAAUGUUGAACUUAUUAGAAAUUAUUCAAAGGUUAUAUUGACCCCGAAUUCCAUGGAGUUUUCACGCCUUAUCAGUGCCGUCCUGGGGGAAGAGGUAAAACCAGCUCCCUCUGCUUCAGCUGAAAAAGUUAAAGAACUUGCAAAAGAGCUAGGAUAUGUGACAAUUCUACAUAAAGGAGCAACCGAUGUGGCGUCAAAUGGAAGACUCGUAGUCUGCUGUGCUGGUGGAGGUUCUAACAGAAGAUGUGGAGGUCAAGGGGAUCUUCUUGCUGGAGCCUUGUCCGUCUUAUUCCAUUGGGCGAUUGCAUUUGGCGACAGAGGGGAUGCUCCUGCUCCACCCGAACUUUUGGCUGCAUAUGGUGCUUGUCGACUCACGCGAGAAUGCGCCCGCCUCGCUUACUCCCAGAAUGGGAGGUCCACCACCACGUCAGACUUGGUUCGACUUAUCCAUCAAGCCUUUUCAUUCCUAUUUGGCCCCUGACCUAUCUCCACUUCCACGCCUGCUUUACCCCAUCAUCAUCAAAUGUUGAUGCGAAGACGCCAGCAGCACACCAAACACUAAUAAAAACUUUCGAACAUCAACCGCUCCCACCGUUAUGCAUUAUCCACUUAAUGCUUCAGCUCGCACGCGAUGGAAGGAAGCUCAUUUUAUUUCCGGAGGAGACAUUGGAGAGGAUUGGAAACUCCAGGAAUUGGUUACACACUUUGCCUCACAGCUAAAAGGUGUCAUGUAGUCGUCACUUUAGUCCACUUAACUUAAUACAUGCAACUAAUUUCACCACCUAUACAAAAUGCUACUAUAUUAAUUAACUAUAGAGUUCAAGUUAGACUUAUUAAUGAAUUUCUAUUGUGUGCUUCUACAUGAAUUCUAAUCCAUUCCGUGAAAAAAACGUCUCAUUAUUACAUGUGUUGACGUCAACCCAUGGUUUCUAAAUAGUUCAACAUGAUUUGUUACAUACAAUCUUUAUUAACUUCCACAAAGCCUUCCUUCAUUAUUAUUAAUUCAUGAUGUGUGACUACGGAGAAAGAAGUAAAAAGACUAAAAUUGCUUCAUAAUGGUAAUUAGUCUAAAACGCCGAAGUGGUUAACUGGCUAAUAGCAGAAAAUUAAGAUGUAAGUAAACUUAUGUGAUAACUCUUAUCGUAUCAAAUACAUAUGCCAAGAUAUAUGCGCAUAAAACCCUUGCUUUAUUUCUGCACUUGUGAUUCUGAAAAUUACAACAUUUGCAACUUUAAAAAUACAAUAAUUCUCGUACUUGUAUUUGUUGUGCACUCAUAAAUCGAAACUGUACCGAUGGCACGUCAUAAUGAACACAUUUGUACAUACUUGAUUUACCUCACUGGUCGAACGAAUGUUUAUGCAUGUAAUUAUGCAGGAUCACAUAUGUACGUAUGUAUGUACCAUCUUGUUUAUGAUCAUUUCAGUUUCAACAUAAAAUGUGGAAAAUUAUGCACACAAAACUAAUAUUUCAAUACGUCGUGAUAUUACCUAGACGUCGAUAACAUAUGUAAGGGUCAUUUACGCAAGGGAAAUGAAAUAGAUAGCCAUACAGAUUUGUAUCGCUGGUCCAUAGUUUCACAGCACAUUUUUCAAGUAGGUUCACUAAUAGACUACUAUAUACUUUAGAAUACUUCUAAACUUUUACUUUUACUUCAUACAUGUUAGAUGCAAGUUUCCUAUAAACCGUAUUGCUUUACAUGGGAAACGUAAACCCAUGAAAAUUUAUUGACCCAAAAAUCAAAAUUUGUACAGCCGUCCGAAAAAUUAAUUGGUUUUUAUUUACGACAGUUCUGCCUAGAUAUUGCAACCUUCUCUUUGUCCAAAGAUAAUCAAAUUUUGUGAGUGGGUGUAAGCCACGAUUAUUUAGAUUGGCAAUAAAAUCCCAGUUGACACACUAAAAACCAAUAUCAAGGAGGUCUCUUCACCUUUCUGCCACCCACAAACCCCACCCUCACCUCAGCACGAGGCAAAUUGGAGUGAAAGUCAAGCAAAUUCAAAUUUCAUUUGAUGGUCUCUCUAUCAUGCUCUCUCUCUCUCAGGAUGAGCUGUCGGUUGUAAUAAGCCGUCAUCUCUUUCAUCUCCUUGUUACACUCUUGUCAAAACUGUGAGCAGGGUGAUAGGUAAUAAAGCAUAAAGUUCAGCUCCGGAGUUAUUAUUUUCCAUUUUCUCGUUGAUUCUGAUUAAUGUUGAGCCAUGGUUCGUUGUAUACUGCAUGAAAUAACAAUAUUCGCUUUCUCUGAUGAUUUCUGACACAACAAAGGCACAUUGAUAAAUUAUCAAGUAAAUACAAACUCAUGGUUAAUUUUUAUAUCCGUCCUGAAUCAAUCAUAUAAAAAAUAAGAAUUGAGGAGGAAAAAACGACCGAGGUUGAAAGAAAUGGCGAUAUUGUCUAAUACUGAUGACUUGUGUUAUCGUCAUAAUUGACUGAAUACAGUUAUGAUGAAGGCCCAAUGACAAAUAAUCUGUUCAUUUCUGCGGAUACUAAAUUAUGAGGAUAGACUCGUGAUGGAUCGUCGUUCAGUUUGUACAAAUAAAGAAUAGUAAAUGGAACUAUUUAAGCGUCUGUGGGUGAAAUAUCAAUCAAUAUCGUUUUAAUAAUGAAAUGAUGAAUUGGCAAUUGUGUUUGUUUGCUGUCUAUUAUUUCCCUUUCAUGGAAUUAUUAUAUCGUUAAACUAUUUCGUACAUGUAUGUAUCAUGGGUAAAGUGAGAUACAAGAUACCAGCGAUAUGCAUCCGUAUUUAAUCAUCUUUAUGGUAUUGCUGUUUGCCAAUCUCGACCGAAUAUUGUGCAAUUAUAGUAAGUUUUAUCCUGAGGUCGCUCAGGUUCUCAUGUGCCUCGAUAAAAUAAUGUCAGGCAGGAAGUCACAACGUUUAUCUCGGUUAGGGAAAAGAAGCCAAUGUAAAUAUUACAAUGUAAAUAUUAUCAUUACUUUCUUUCUUUUCAGCAUCCCGAGGUGCAUGAAUACCACAUUCGGAAUGUUUCUCAUUUUCAAACCUAAUGUCCCCAUCCCCUCCCAUGCUUUGAGUUUAGACAGGUCGAGAGAUAUUUACAUACAUAUUUACAUAAAAUAACUUUCUCCCUGAUUUUGGGGAAUCGUUUAUGACUUUACUACAAGUCAAGUCCUGAGAGGAGUAACCUACACCAGGGUUACGCCUACAUGAGAUAUGAGACAAAAUAUUUCUUGGGCUUCACAUUAUAACGUGUAUUUUAUUCCUCUGUAUAUUUUCUGCUGCAGAUAAUGCACACAACGCGAGUAAUAUGUAACAAUAUCGUGGUUAUGUCAUAUAAAUAAUAUACUUUGAGGAUGGGAGUUUCAGUCUCAAUUUUUAGUUUGUGUCAGGGAUUAUUUAUUUGCCUUCGUUGUUGUAAACUUUUCCUAACGAAAUAGCUAAGGACGAGAAAAGUUUUCCUCUUUAAUACAAGUGACAAGUAUAUAAAAUUUGGGGUAUGUGGAUAUAAAAGAAAAUUAAUUCUUUAAAUGUCAUUUCUUCAGGAAGAAGUGAUUGGAAGAUCUCCAAGCAAAGUUGGACAGGCAUAUAAAUACUUCUGUAUUGUAUAGUCUCGCUCAUUAUUCUAAAUUAGAGGAAGCGGUAUUAAGAUUAUAUCUGGACGCAUCCCCAAAAUAAGCACUGCACAUUAUAAAUGAGUUGGAACUUUGGAGUGGAAUAUAACAGGAGGAGGUCGGAAUUAUUGGACGGAACCGCUUUGUCAUCCGUCAAUCUUGUCUUAACGAAAGUGGCCAUGACGACCAAAAAGGAGACAUCAAAUAAAUAUUGAUUCAUCCAACUCUUGUGUUUCUCCUGUGUGACAAAAUGAUGAAAAUGGAAACCACGUCAUAACUUAUUCACCUACUUCUAGUUUCGAGCUCAGCCCUAUUCACUAAUAGGGUUAACCUGUGCCCACAUCAUUUCCAAUUGAAUGCUCCCAAUUCCCAUCGAGUUGAGCCAUCGUGGUUCUUCUCCCAGCCAACUCUAGCUCGUGGGAGAGACAAGAGAAGUAAGAGUAUCAGAGGUGAAAGGUGGGGUGGCAGGUUAUGUGGUCAGUUGGUCUUGGGAGUGGAGUAUGACAGUCAUAAUAAUAGAGAUUCCUUCAUGCCAAACUAUACACAACUUGAAAUCUAUAAUGGGUCACACUCCUUUCUCCUUGACUUUCACUUGACAGCCAUAAAUUCCUAACGUCCUGUCUUUUCCCCAGACUCGACCCUCGCGUCAUACUCUGGUCUUGUGAUUAGUCCAUCCUUGCAGGACAACACCGCUGGCACCAUCACAUCCAUAAAGCCCUACCCAAAGUUUUGCUGGUCAUUCCAUUAGCUCUUUUCGGCUCAGUUGGAACCCAAUUUUACCCGUACGGGUACGGAAAUGCUAUCCAGAAACCACAACCCUGUAAUUUAUUAGUCUGUCGGUGGUUCCUGUUGUCGUGUGAUCAUUGGUUCCAUGUCGUUUGGAAGGCUGCAAAAAGGAUUGUUUAUGCUAAAAUACGAUUUACCACAAUUAAUUUGCAUAACAGCACGCCAUAUUUUCAUUUCUCAACACUACGAAUCUGUGCUAUGUAGUGGUAAUAUCAGCCAAAUUUCUUGUGUGACACAUCACACGUGUGGUUCUCAAUGUAAUAUAUUUUUGUUUGCAUUGUUCUUGUUCUGCUUUUGCAUAUGUCACAUUUAACUUACAACGCAUGUUUUACAAGAUUCUGAGAUAUUUCCGUUAAUAUGUAUGUCAUUUCUGGUUGGUGACACAAUUUCUUGACACAUCGCAAGAUUUCAGAUUUUGAAAAAUAUUGCAAUUUAAUUUCCUGACAAACAAAAAUAUGGGAGAUUGAGAUAGAAUAGUAAUUACGAUAUGAGGAGAGGAAGAAAUGCAAUUUAUGUAUAAAUGUAUAUUAGGCCUAGAUUUCUUAUCUCCAUUUUAAGACUGGGUUUAUGGCUAUCUUAUUUAUUUCUGGAACAGUGUGUGUAGUACAAUGUAAUUUAACGUAAUGUAAUUUGCGACGUUUGGUGCAAUUUUCUCAUUCCUUGAAAUCCUUCAUCCGCGUUUUGGAUUUCCCUUUCCAUUCUUUCUCCCCUCAUCAUCCAUUCCCUGGAAGACUAAUAGCAGCAAGACUUGGCCGAAUUAGUGACACGUAAAUCAUUUAGAAUGGAAUGCAAAUUUCGAGGUUUUACUGUCAGGUCUGGCUUAUCACUUUCACAGCCGAGCGAAUAGAACCGUCGCCCAUGUCAUAAUUACCUUAUUUCUCUUAUUAAUUUAAUCUCAAAUCCAGUUUUAUACACAGCAAGCAUUUCAUAGCAUUUCAUAGCAUGUAUCCCGUAUUGUGUGAAAUUUAAUAAUAAUAUUUAAAUUGGCAUAAAUAUGUACGUAUCGUUUACCUCAUCUCUUGGCAAUAUUUUAAGUACAUUAUUUUCCUUCGUUGGAAUUGCAAUUUGAAAUAUUGAUCAUUAUUAUUAAAAUUAUUUGCGUUUUUUGUGACUAUAGUAGAAAAACCUUAUUCAGGGCUAGACAUCAAUGAAAUAUCCUGCAAAGCAAAUGUGUAUCAGCAAAGUAAUCUACCAUAUAUGCAUACAUAAAUAUGUACAUGCAUACAUACGUACAUGCAAAAGCUUGAUUCACGGUUACACAAAUAUGAUAAUCAAAAUUACAAAAAAUAAUUUAAGGAAUCAUAUAAAUUAAGAUUGAACAGUUUGAAGGUUUGGGAAAAUUUGCGCUAAUUCACCGUCCAAUCCGAAUCCAGUAUUUAUCGAUAGCUCGUAUUGAACUCAAUUGAAUUCGUUCACACAUGCAAACUAAAACUGUGUAACGUAAAAAGUAUGACGUGUUUCCUGAUUGGAUAGAAUUUUAGACAAAGGUUAGACAAAUCUAAAAAGUGUCAUAAAAUUAGAUUAAGUUUCCUGAGUAUUGUAUUCUUCGAAGAACUUUUUAUGGCUGACGGUUCUCUUUGUGGUAGAGUUUUUAUUGUAUGUUCAUAUAAAUGUACAUAUAUUAGCGUGUAUUAAAUAUUAAAUAGUAAUUAGCAAUUACAUUUGUAUGGUGAACUCUGAGAGUUUUGUGUCCGUAAUAAAA